CUACGUGCUCUGCUCGCGCGCUCCCCACGCUCUCGCUCAAGGAAUCCCUCCCCCAAAUCGACCUCGAGCUCGUGGCCGCGGCAGCAGCAAUGGCGUCCCUCUCCUCGGCAUCCGCGGCGCGCGCCACCACAACCUUUCACCUCUCUCCGUCCUCCUCCUCCUUCCGCAGCAGCAGAAGGUCCUCCCGCGUGGUGGUGACCCGGGCGGCGGCGACGAGCCCGAAGCUCCCGGCUGGCCGGCGCCUCCGCGUGGCGGUCGUCGGCGGGGGCCCCGCGGGAGGGGCGGCGGCGGAGGCGCUGGCGAAGGGCGGGGUGGAGACGGUGCUGAUCGAGCGGAAGAUGGACAACUGCAAGCCCUGCGGCGGCGCCAUCCCGCUGUGCAUGGUGUCCGAGUUCGACCUGCCGCUGGACCUCGUCGACCGGAAGGUCACCAAGAUGAAGAUGAUCUCGCCCUCCAACGUCGCCGUCGACAUCGGCCGCACCCUCGCCCCGCACGAGUACAUCGGGAUGGUCAGGCGCGAGGUGCUCGACGAUUUUCUCCGGACACGGGCGCAGAAGGCCGGCGCCGAGGUCCUCAAUGGCCUCUUCCUUAGGUACGAGGCGCCCAAGGAAGCCAACGGCACGUACACGGUGCACUACAACCACUACGACAGCUCGAGCGGCAAGGUGGGCGGCGAGAAGCGGUCCUUCGAGGUGGACGCGAUCGUGGGCGCGGACGGCGCCAACUCCCGCGUGGCCAAGGACAUGGGCGCCGGCGACUACGAGUACGCCAUCGCCUUCCAGGAGCGCGUCAAGAUCCCCGACGACAAGAUGCGCUACUACGAGGAGCGCGCCGAGAUGUACGUCGGCGACGACGUGUCCCCCGACUUCUACGGCUGGGUCUUCCCCAAGUGCGACCACGUCGCCGUCGGCACCGGCACCGUCACCCACAAGGCCGACAUCAAGAAGUUCCAGGCCGCCACCCGCCUCCGCGCCAAGGACAAGAUCGACGGCGGCCGCAUCAUCCGCGUCGAGGCCCACCCCAUCCCCGAGCACCCCCGCCCCAAACGUGUGUCGGGGCGGGUGACGCUGGUGGGGGACGCGGCGGGGUACGUGACGAAGUGCUCCGGGGAAGGGAUCUACUUCGCGGCGAAGAGCGGGAGGAUGUGCGCGGAGGCGAUCGUGGCCGGGUCGGCGAACGGGACGAGGCUGGUGGAGGAAGGCGACCUCCGCAAGUACCUGGCGGAGUUCGACAGGCUCUACUGGCCGACCUACAAGGUGCUCGACAUCCUGCAGAAGGUCUUCUACCGCUCCAACGCCGCCAGGGAGGCCUUCGUGGAGAUGUGCGCUGACGACUACGUGCAGCGGAUGACCUUCGACAGCUACCUCUACAAGCGUGUCGUGCCCGGGAACCCCCUCGAGGACAUCAAGCUCGCCGUCAACACCAUCGGCAGCCUCGUCAGGGCCACGGCCCUCCGCAGGGAGAUGAGCAAGCUCACAUUGUGAUCACAGUAAUCCAACUUGCUACCAUCUCUGCUCCAGUGGGGGAUUGUUGCUCGGUAUAGUACGUAGAGAUCGAUUUGCGGCUGAUCAAACAGAUUUUAAGACGUAAGGACGAGAAGAAUAAGCUGGUCGCGUCUUGAUCGAUCCUGUUGUUCCUGGCCGAUUUUCUUGUACAACAACACACGGUGAUGAUCGGACUACAGAACCUUUAGAGCAGUUCUUCUGAAUUGUUGACAAUCUUCGAUAUGUGAAUGAAUGUAGUAAAGCAUAAAGUGUGUUGAAUGGGGAGAUUUAUUAAACUGCUCGACGUACUUCAGUU